AGGAAGUGGUGGUGUCAACAGAUAGUCUUAGCCAGACACGUCGUAUUCUACAAGUGUUAACAGCCACAUUUCCACAAUGAGUGCAUUCCGAGAUAUAGGAGACAUUUUUCAUCUCAUUUCCAUAUUGUGGCUUCUGGUAAAAUUGAUCAAAACGCGAUCGUGCGGAGACAUCUCCGGUAAAACCCAACUGCUCUUCGCCAUAGUAUACACCGCCAGAUUAUGGAGUCCGUUUCCAGGUUACGUUUCACCUUUUUACAUUACUCUCAAUAUAAUGUACGUCAUCUGCUAUUACACCAUAGCCCUGUUGAUAUUCGUACUCUUGAGGAAAUCAUACAGAAGCACCGAAGAUACGUUUUUAACAGAAAUAUUGUUAGUUCCAACAUUCGUGAUAGCCCUAUUUGCAGACGAACGUAUGACGUCAAUAGAGAAAUUAUGGUCGUUUAGUUUAGUACUAGACGAGAUAGCCAUCCUACCUCAACUUUACAUGAUCUACAAACACAAAAAUACGGUGGUCGAGAAAAUCUUGCUGUAUUACUUGAUACCGUUGGGACUCUGCAGACUAUUCUACAUUUUUGACUGGGUGUACCUUUACACAGAUCCAAAUCACUUCGACACGAUAACAAUUGCCGCCGGAUUCGUUUCCAUAGCAGUAUACAUAUUUGCCUUUUUAGAAUUGUUCGAUGUUAAAGUGGUACGCGAAGAUAACAGCAAAUUUUUGAAGAAAAAUAUUUUGUUUAUAAGCAGCAACGAACCGUACAAGAAAAUCGUGAACAACGAAAAAACUUUGUCGUCUGAACAACUGUUCGAUGGGAAUGUUUAGAAAACGAAAAAUCCGUAUUAGUACAGUCAUUGAAGCUUUUCACCUUCGAAUUCUUUGAAACUGAACCGAUCGACUUGAAAUUUGGCAGAUAGUUAGAGAAAAGGCCAAUGAACAUUAGUGACAUAGCUCCGAUUGACGUUUCCAUCUUGUCGGGGGUUGACACCCCUUCUCGGGGGUGGACAAUUUUUUUUCAAA